AUGUUAUGGUUGUUUUACAGAAAUGAGUCUUUACGAACAACUUUCAAUGGACAUCUACCAUUACUGAGUGCUUUGCACUACAGUAUGUACAUGUUGUGGAUUCAUACAACUACCGCUACAACCUUUGACUUGUGCUGCGUUUCCGUAGACCGGUUUAUUGCGAAUCGGUUUCCUUUCCUUUAUCAGGACAUUGUAACUAAGAAAAGAUGCUGUAAGGUGAUUAUUUUGGUGUGGCUGAUUUCAUUAGAUCUGUUGGGAAAUAUCGCAAGUGCAGUGCUUUGGUUGUCUUUGGCAUUUAUAACAUUUAUCGCUUCAUUAUUUGUGGUCACUUUCUGUUAUAUGUUUAUGUUUAAAGCUUCACGACGUCAAUGCAGAAGGAUGUUUCCCAGCCAAAAUCGUCAAAGCUUCCAAAUAAAAAACAUUCUAUGAAAACAUUCUAAGGAAAUGGUACUAUGAAAAAUUUCAAAGCUAUGAAGAUGGUCGGUUAUAUUAUAGGUGUUUACAUUAUUUCUUGGAUGCCCAGUCUUGUCUUACUCGUAGUUCAUUCUUAUUAUACAGCGACGAAUCAUCUCUGUAACGACAUCAAAGUAGACAAAGUUGUAUGGCCUUGGAUUGAGGCAAACGCUUUUACUUCAUCAGCGAUCAACCCAUUGAUCUUCUAUGUCAGAAAUAGCGAAUUUCGCCAAGCCUUUCGUCGCACCGUCCACUGGCUGCCCUUUGUUCACGGACAAAAUUCAGCAAACGUUAACCUCAGCCAAAAACCAGAGCGAAGCCAAAUGGCUCGAAAAGUUGGAAAUCCUGUCAGUUUUGCAAGUAAAGAGACAAAGCUUUAAGGAAAAUUCAAGAAAAAAGUGCUGUUGCCUAAUAAUAAGAUAAGUCCCAUCAUAAAGACACAAUUUUCAAAACAUCAAUUUCAUUCUUCGUCCAUUCCGCAUAUAAUUCCCUUUCAUAAUUAUUUGUUUACACUUAGAUGUAAUUAAAAGUUUCAAGUCUUUCAUGACAUGAAAUUUUUCCUCAUCAGACACUCUUCGCUGAGCUUGAUCAGUUAAUGAUGCUGGCAAGAAGCAGGAAGGACUGACUUGGCAGCUUGAAUGAAAAUUAAAUGAAAGUUAGCACUUGUUUUCAGUGAAAUCCGUAACAGAAUUAAGACUUGAAAAUUUUGAAUCAUUCUUUUGCAUUUGUUGAAGGGAUUUGAGAGUAUAGAAAGUGAAAGUAUUUUUUACAUUCAAAUUUAGGCUCAAAGUUUUGUCUCAACAACUUGCAUUUGAAUUUCUUUAAUUAACCUCUUCAAGUCUGCUUCUCUGAAAUAAAAGCUUUUGAAAUGUUAUGCACCUGUGAGUUUGUCAACAAAAAUCCAUCUCGUAUUCAUUUCAAUUUUUUGGUGAUCGGCGAAGGUCGCAAGUUUCGCGAAGGUCAUGUCACCGAUUUGUUAAAAUUGAUUUAAAAUAAUGUCUACACGCCGUAAAUUUUUUAAACAUUUUUCCUAAUCAAUGAUAAAACCAUGUAAGAGGCCAUUUCUAGUAAUAGUCAUGUAGAGUGAGCAGACAGCAGAAUUGGUCGCUGAAAAAUUGCUGAGUGUACGGCUGGGUUCAAUUUUCCUAUUCGGCAAUUAUUAGAGUCCAAGCCUUCUCAUAUUGUAAUAUUGUAAUUUUUCUUAGCCGUUGUUUUUUUCAGUCGUGGUGUGUACUGAGCAUUAACUUUAAAGCAUCUAUUGAGUCUAAAUUCAAGAUCAUAUUGACGGGAGAUCGAAUGUUUAGUUUGCCUUUUUCGAGGAAGUGAACUGACUUCCGUAAGAGACACCAGAAGAUAUAAUUUUCGUUCCAAUGACGCUUUACGACUUGCUCCUUGCAAGGGUAAACACUAGCUACGCUCGGCGAUCUUUCUUUUCGUGCAGCCGCUCCUAAACUGUGGAACGAUCUUCCCUGUUCUAUUAGAAAAAUCGAAUCGUCAAACAGGUUUAAGAAAGCUAUUAAGACUUUUUUCUUCGCACAAUUUGUUUUAACUCUUCGUAUGUAAUUUUAUAUUUCUGUAUUUCUUACUCUAUUCCUUUUUUUAUUUUUAAUUUUUUUUGAGAGGGCACUGUAACGAAUCUUGCAAUCUGAUUGGUUUUUUACCCGGUCAGUAUUUUCCUAUCUCUGCCUAGGGCCACGGUAACGCUUUCGUGAGUCGCCAAGUACAUCCGAACUUUCGUUGCCAUUUUUCAUAAAUAUAUCUCGUUUUUCCGGCUGGGCAGUAUUUUUAAGCAAACACGUCGGUCACUUCCUCAAGCCGAUGAAUAACUUAUGAAUCCUCUCCUUUCUCUCUCUCAAAUCACUUUGGUUGACAGAAAAAUAUUGGUUUCCAUAGUGUCAUUACGUUGGUUGACAAGCGGCCUAAAAUCCGUCUGCAAUUAAUUUUAAUCGUUCACAAAAAGUACCUAGAAAGUUAAAACGUGAGAUAUUUGGUUACAGUUAAACUGAACGAUGGAACUUUCAUUCACUUAAUACCUGAAUUUUCUCAAGCAAUUUGUUCGCAGUGAAAGAGCGAGGGAAGUUUUAAUUUAAGUUCUACAACAAAUAUACGCUCUCGGUGAGUCUUUCCAAGUCCGUUCAAUUUGAACAUUUGUACUGUAAAUUGCACAACAGAAACUGAAGGAAUUUUUUGAGAAAAGGCCGCAUUAAAUCCCCUUGCGUCUCGUUGGAGUGUGCCAUUCGGAUUUAGUUUCUGUGAAGGAAAGACCAGAUUUACACACGCCAUUGCAGCAAACAAACGAGCAAACUUUCACAACUUCAAAAUAAAAAAAUUGAAUUUACUCACAACUACUUUCCUCGCCGUUUACUUAAUGAACAGAGGUAAAUCUUCGAACAUUAAUGAAUCGUCGAUGAGAGUGAAUAAUACUUCCCGUUAGAUCAUUGACUAUUUUUGAAGAAAACAUUGUGAUGACAGUCCUUGCCAAACUAGUUCCGUUGUUUUUCAAAUGUUCUUACGCUUUUUUUACUUACGCGCUCUCCAAUUGACAGUUGUCAGAUUGUGACAGAUACUUGUAAAAAUAAUGUUUCAAAGUUUGUUCGGAAGCCUUUUAAAUUAUCGUUACGGAAAUGAAAAUGUUUCGCUGGGGCAUCUCUCUUGAAUUUUCAUCACCUCUAUUUUAACUACCAUUUACUCGCUCAAAAACAGUUUAUGGAAGAUCUUGCCGUAUUUACAGCCCUAAAUCAUUAGGGUUCUUUCGGAAAGAAUUCCGUCAAGUUUCAAAAAAAUGAAUAUGUUAUUUACCGGCUAAGGGUCGGUCCGUAUGGUGAAAAACUGCGACCUCGGUCUUGAAAAUACUGCCCGAGGCCUGCCGAGGGCAGCAUUUUCAAGACCGAGGUCGCAGUUUUUCACCAUACGGACCUCCCAGCCGGCAAAUAACAUAUAUAUAUUGUAGCGUUAAUAUCUUGGUAUAGCUGUAAUGUAACUGUACUGCGCAAUUAGAAAUUUUAUACUGAUGCUUGCGCAAUGUAAGUAAAUGAAUUAUUAAAUCAUUGCUAUUAAUGGUUGAAAAGCUAAUACUUCUCUUUUGACACAUAGCCGUGGAUGUCAGAUUAUCCAUUUUAAUUAUAUGUUAAACAGCGCAAGCUGUAAAUGAAAUUCGAAUUCUGUCUCAAAUAAUUUAUUCACCUCACGCGCGGAAGAUCGAAACAAAAGUCGACAACUCGUUUAACUGUGGAGUCGAGUUUCAGGGCAGUUUAUAUGUUGAUAUUGGAAGCCGUGUGAAAAUAAUAAGUCAAUUUGGUCCUAAACCAACCCUUUGCCGAGAAGAAACAUGAAUUCUAACUGCACAGAAGAUAAACCGAGCGAUGCCGCAUUCAUUGUUCUAUCGUUGUGGCUCGCUUUGUCUGGUUUAGCAGCUGUAUCCGGUAAUACAGUUGUGUUAUGGCUGUUCUACAAAAACAAGUCUCUACGAACAGUUUCUAACAGAUUUUUGGUGUCGUUGUCUAUAGCGGAUCUCUUGGUGGGAGCUGUUGUGGAGCCAGCCUUCCUAGUCGGAUAUCUUCCCCAGCCUUCACAUAAUCAGGAAAUCGAACAUUUCUUAUGGAUUCACUCUACAGCAGCAACGACAUGGAAUUUGUGCGGUGUUUCUGUUGACAGGUUCACUGCAGUUUGCUUUCCUUUCCGUUAUCAAGUGAUUCUAACAAACAAAAGAUGUUGUGUAGUGAUAACUGUGAUCUGGAUAAUCUCUCUGUUCCUUCCUUUCCCGAUAAUGUUUGUCAAAAAUGGGGCAAUUGAUCAUCAAGCAGAACUGUGGUUGUCAUUUGCUUUUAUAUUAUUUGUGUUUCCGAUUAUCGUAGUAUCUUUCUGCUACAUUUUUAUUUUCAGAGCAGCUAAUAAACAACACAAACAAGUGAAGAAGGAACAUCAACGCACAAAUUACAGCUCACGCCAGGCUCUAAACAAUUUCAAAGCUAUCAAAACAGUUGGACUUGUUCUGGGUGUUUUCAUCAUUACAUGGAUGCCAUGUUUAAUCUUGGAUCUUGUCAUUUAUUAUUACCGUAAAAUAGAGCAUGAACAAUGCAACGAACACGAAUUGCAUUACAUGGCGUUGCCUUGGGUAAAAGCAACGGCUUUUACUUCAUCGGCGAUCAACCCACUGAUAUACUAUUUCAGAAAUAGUGAGUUUUGCCAAGCAUUCAGACGUACCUUUAAUUUUGAUCGAUUGCACUGUGCUCACCAUAAAAAUGCAUCAGACCUCAGACCAAAGCAAGAGAAAACCCGGAAGGCAGGAAAUGUUGGAGCUCGUGGAAAAUUUUCAAAUAAGGAGACACAACUGUAAGGACAACUAAAGCGAAUACUACCUGUUAGUCAUAAACUUGGCCACCCACCUUUCAUGAACAGAUUCUGAUUAAGCAGAACAUUGAACCUUUUAUUUGAACCUAUUACAUAAUUCUCUUUGAUCUACGAGAAACUUCAGUUCAAGCCAAGGGAGGAUAGACAGGAUAUUGCUUUCUUGUUUGAGCAGAAGCAUAUAGUGUUCGGCUUUCCAUUGUUGGAAAGAAUUCUUCUUUAACCCCGAAAGGUGGUCACCAAUUAGCCUUAGUUAUAAGCUGUGGUCAGUUAAUCUGGGGCGAUGUAAGAAAAACUUGACAGUUAUUGGCAGAUCUAGUGACGAACCUUUUCAUAACGUAGAUCCACCCUGAAUCUUUGAGCCCUUGCGAGUGAGCUACAGAUUGCAUAUAGAUUAUAUCUAUAUAUCAAUGUGCUAGAAUAUUUCACCGUAGGUACCUUUUUUAGCGUACCGUGGUAUUGCUGAUUUAUAAAUAGGAUAUUAUGGACCGGCUCUAGACUGUUAAGCAUGGCUAAAUAAGCGUAACUCGAAUCAAGCUGUUUUUUGUGUGGUCACUCGAUAAGCUAUCAAUGAAGCUCAGGAUUGAGUUUCGCAACAAUUUUUGUAGUUUGAUAUCUUUUUGAUUUAUGUAGUUUUUUAGUAGGUAAUUUGAUGAAGUUAAGAAUGUACUUAAAUGAAUUCCACGUUUCCACCAAUAAACAGCAGAUAAAAAAGAAAACAGUACGUUAGUUUGAGUAACAUAUGGUCCAUAAAAAGGAAAAGCGAUUGCAAAUUUCAUUUCUGUAAGCUUAUUUUCAAACUUCUACGGUCACCGUUUGCCAACCGCAGAACAUGGAUGCUGCUUGCCCGGAAGAACAACCCAGCACUACAGCUUCGAUCGUUCUAUCUUUGUGGUUCACAUUGUCUGGUUUAGCAGCUGUAGCUGGAAACGCAGUGGUGUUGUUUUUGUUCUACAAAAGCGAGUCAUUGCGAACAAUUUCCAACCGCUUCUUAGCCUCGCUGUCGGUAGCAGAUCUUUUCGUUGGGCUUGUCAUGGACCCAAUCUGGAUAGCCAGCGGUUGUCUCAUUCGGCCACCGGUUGAUAGUGAUUUGUUCUUCUUCACAGACAUGCUCUAGGUUCACACGACCACCGCAACAACUUUCAGCUUGUGCUGUGUUUCUGUAGACCGGUUUAUUGCGAUUCGCUUUCCUUUCCGUCAUCAGGAAAUUAUUACAAAGAAAAGGUGCUACACAGUCAUUAUUUUGAUAUGGCUAUUUUCAUUGGCACUUCCUUUCUCGACGAUAUUAGUGAAUAACGACAAAGACGAUGCAGCGUUGUGGUUAUCUUUUGCAUUUUUGAUAUGUGUUACUCCUUUUUUUGUGGUUUCUAUCAGUUGUAUUUUCAUGCUCAAAGAGGCCAGACACCAAUGUAGAGGAAUAGCAUCCGGAGAAAAUUAUCUGAGCUCGUAUUGUGAAAAACUAUAA